AAACCAAUAAACGAUUGCCUCGUUAGGAGGGUAACCAAUGAGAUGGCAACACGAAUGUUAGUAUACCCUAUAUUUCUGACAUAAUCGACAAGUCAACUCAGUUUGUCAAAGAAGUUACUAGAAGAAGCUAGGGAAAGAUAAUUAAAAGUGAAAAAGUGAAUUAAAUUAGCAACUCAUAUUUGAAUUGAUUAUACGAGUGUGUGGAUAAACGCUCAAAAUGAGGUUAUACCUAAGUUUUGGUGUGCUCCUGCUCUUAGCCAGCGUUUUGGCUAAAGAGGACAAAAAGGAAAAAGAGGAUGUUGGGACUGUUAUUGGAAUAGAUUUAGGAACUACAUAUUCUUGUGUUGGUGUUUAUAAAAAUGGUAGGGUAGAAAUUAUUGCCAAUGAUCAGGGUAACAGAAUCACACCUUCAUAUGUAGCAUUCACAGCUGAUGGUGAGCGUCUUAUUGGUGAUGCUGCCAAGAAUCAGCUGACAACAAACCCUGAAAAUACCGUAUUCGAUGCCAAACGUCUUAUCGGUCGUGAUUUCUCAGAUGCUACCGUCCAACACGAUUUGAAACUUUUCCCAUUCAAAGUAAUUGAGAAAAAUCAAAAACCACACAUUGAAGUAGCAACUAGCCAAGGGAACAAAAUAUUUGCCCCAGAAGAAAUUUCCGCUAUGGUCUUGGGUAAAAUGAAGGAAACAGCUGAAGCAUAUUUAGGUAAAAAAGUCACUCAUGCUGUAGUCACUGUACCAGCUUACUUUAACGAUGCUCAACGUCAAGCCACUAAAGAUGCUGGAACCAUUGCUGGUCUUGUUGUUAUGAGAAUCAUAAAUGAACCUACAGCUGCUGCUAUUGCUUAUGGUUUGGACAAGAAGGAUGGAGAAAAGAAUGUCUUGGUCUUUGAUUUGGGCGGUGGUACUUUUGAUGUCUCACUUUUGACCAUUGAUAAUGGAGUUUUUGAAGUAGUCGCCACCAAUGGUGACACUCAUUUGGGAGGUGAAGAUUUCGAUCAGAGAGUCAUGGAUUACUUCAUCAAAUUGUACAAGAAAAAGAAGGGCAAGGAUAUCAGGAAAGACAACAGAGCAGUGCAGAAACUUAGAAGAGAAGUUGAAAAGGCUAAGAGAGCUCUAUCUUCAAACCAUCAAGUUAGAAUUGAAAUUGAAUCAUUCUUCGACGGUGACGAUUUCUCUGAAUCCCUCACCAGAGCCAAAUUCGAAGAAUUGAACAUGGAUCUUUUCCGUUCUACAAUGAAACCAGUUCAAAAAGUAUUAGAAGAUGCCGAUAUGAACAAAAAAGAUGUCGAUGAAAUUGUACUUGUUGGAGGUUCAACUCGUAUUCCCAAAGUGCAACAACUCGUUAAAGAAUUCUUCAAUGGCAAAGAACCGUCAAGAGGUAUCAACCCUGAUGAAGCCGUAGCUUAUGGGGCAGCAGUACAAGCUGGUGUAUUAUCAGGUGAACAAGACACUGACGCAAUUGUACUGUUGGACGUCAAUCCUUUAACCAUGGGGAUUGAAACUGUUGGAGGUGUGAUGACCAAACUUAUCCCACGUAAUACCGUCAUUCCCACUAAGAAAUCACAAAUAUUCUCAACAGCUUCUGAUAGUCAACACACCGUUACAAUUCAAGUAUAUGAAGGAGAACGUCCCAUGACCAAGGAUAAUCACUUGUUGGGUAAAUUCGAUCUGACAGGCAUUCCACCAGCUCCUAGAGGUGUACCACAAAUUGAAGUUACUUUCGAAAUUGACGCUAAUGGUAUUUUACAAGUAUCUGCUGAAGACAAAGGAACUGGAAAUAGGGAAAAGAUCGUCAUCACCAACGACCAAAACAGACUAACCCCCGACGAUAUAGACCGUAUGAUAAGAGACGCCGAGAAAUUCGCCGAUGAAGACAAAAAAUUGAAGGAACGAGUAGAGGCUAGGAACGAUUUGGAAAGUUACGCUUAUUCGUUGAAGAAUCAAAUUAACGACAAAGAAAAAUUGGGAGCCAAAUUAUCCGAAGACGAGAAAACUAAAAUGGAAGAAGCCAUCGACGAGAAAAUUAAAUGGUUAGAAGAGAACCAAGAUACUGAAGCCGAAGAUUACAAGAAACAAAAGAAAGAAUUGGAAGACAUAGUGCAACCGAUCAUCGCCAAGUUAUACCAAGGCGCCGGCGGGGCACCGCCGCCGACCAGCGACGAUGACGAUGAUUUGAAUAAAGAUGAAUUGUGAGCAGAUUUGUAGGCCAAAAAGACUGAAAAAACUUGUGUGCUUGUAGACGCGAGAAAGAGAUCGAAUGUUAAGUGUUAUUUGAGUGAUAUUUAAUUCUUUUUUCUGUUUUUUGUAUUUCUGCGUGUAAUAGGAAUUUUGUAAAUUAA